UGGGCUGUGGCUUCCGCGUGUCCUGGCCCCUGCUUCCUCUCAGGCUGGUCUCGGCGUUCUGGUUCUGUCUGCCUCACUGCCUCUCAGUGAGAGUCUCCCGCUUUCUUCGCUUUUGGUGGUUGGCUUUCGUGUUUGUAGUCUCUUUCUCCUGCUUCGGUCUCCCCGGCCUUGGUCGUUCUCCCAGGCGUUGCUGUCCAAGAGCUGAGAGCCUGCCUGCGCGCCCAGCUCUGCCUGGAGAGAGACGGAGGAACCGGGGUCCUUCCUGCGCAGAGGUCAUGGAAGAGGUGACGUCCUGCUUCUUCAACACCCCUCUGUUCCAGCAGGAAGAGAAGAGAGGGAUCACCUACCGGAUCCCAGCCCUGCUCUACGUACCCCCCACCCACACCUUCCUGGCCUUUGCAGAGAAGCGCUCUACAAGCAGGGAUGAGGAUGCUCUCCACCUGGUGCUGAGGCGAGGGUUGAGGACGGGGCACUUGGUACAGUGGGGACCACUCACGCCAUUGAUGGAAGCCACAUUGCCUGGGCAUCGGACCAUGAACCCCUGUCCUGUGUGGGAGCAGAAGAGUGGCUGUGUGUACCUGUUCUUCAUUUGUGUGCGGGGCCAUGUCACUGAGCGUCAGCAGAUUGUGUCAGGCAGGAAUGCUGCUCGCCUCUGCUUCAUCUGCAGUCGUGAUUCUGGCUAUUCAUGGAGCGACGUGAGGGACCUGACAGCGGAGGUCAUUGGCCCAGAAGUGAAGCGUUGGGCCACGUUUGCUGUGGGCCCAGGCCAUGGCAUCCAGCUGCGGUCGGGGAGGCUGAUCAUCCCUGCAUACGCCUACUACAUCCCUUACUGGUUCUUUUGUUUCCCGCUACCAUGUAAAACCAGGCCUCAUUCCCUGAUGAUCUACAGUGAUGACCUAGGGGCCACGUGGCACCAUGGCAGGUUCAUUAAGCCCAUGGUGACAGUGGAGUGUGAAGUGGCAGAGGUGACCGGGAAGGCUGGCCACCCUGUGCUGUAUUGCAGUGCCCGGACACCAAACAGGUGCCGAGCAGAGGCUCUUAGCACUGACCACGGUGAAUGCUUUCAUAGGCCGGCCCUGAGCCACCAGCUCUGUGAGCCCCCGCAUGGCUGCCAAGGCAGUGUGGUGAGUUUCCGGCCCCUGGAGAGCCCAUGUGGGUGCCAGGACCCUACUGGCAAAGAUGCCCCUACUGUUCAGAGCCCUCUGCUGGACAGUUCUCUGAGGCCAGAACAGGAAGCUAGAAUGCUUUCAGAAUCAUGGCUCUUGUACUCACACCCAACCAGUACAAAACGGAGGGUUAACCUCGGCAUCUACCUCAACCAGACCCCCUUGGAGGCUGCCUGCUGGUCUCGACCAUGGAUCUUGCACCAUGGGCCCUGUGGCUACUCUGAUUUGGCUGCUGUGGGGGACGGCUUGUUCGCAUGUUUAUUUGAGUGUGGGGCCAAAUGGGAGUGUGAGAAGAUUGCCUUCCGCCUGUUUACAGACCGAGAGAUCCUAAGCCAUGUGCAAGGUGACUGCACGAGCCCUGGUAGGAACCCAAACCAAUUCAAAACUAAUUGGCUUAGGAUCCAACUUUCCACAGAAGGGAAACCAGUAGAAGGCAGCCACAGCCAGGGUGAUGGAGGCCAGGACAGCAGAGGUUACUGAAGCUACAGGGAAUCCCAAAACUUAACAUUCUGCUCUCUACCUUUUUUUACCUCUCCAAAGAGGAAAAUGAAAAAUUUGCCAUAGCUACUGCAGUAGAAAUUGCACUGAAUUAUGUGAAUUAGGAGACCGUGAUAUGAUCCUGGGCCUGCCACUGGCUGGUUCUGGGACCUUGAACUCUUCGGGCCUCAGGGCUUCAUCUGUAAAAUGAGGUGAUUUGUUAUGUGAUUCUCUCCCUCCUAUCCCUGGGGAAGGCAGAGCGCCUGCUUACUCUGUGAUCAGCAAGUCCUGGCUGCAUAUUGGACUCUGAUCUCAAAGUGGAAAUCACAGGUCUUCUCAUCUUUCAAAUCCAGCUGUGAGGUGACAAGCAGGUGCUAUGCCAUAAAGAAAGGUGUGGACCAUUUGUUCAGUUUUUAAUAACAAACACCCACACCCUUCUAAUCGUGCUCAGAGCUCUACAGGCUGUCCUAGAGGAACUGGGCAAAACAGCAGAAUGAUAACCUCACCUGCCUCCUUUAGCUUUGCAGCUCUGCUCACCCUGCUGUUCCUCAUCUAGAAGGCGUUAUUUCCUAGGGAGGAAAUGAUGGCGGUACUCCUGUGAAAGAUGAACCUGAAGUUUAUGUAUUAGGAUGGCUCCUGAUGGGAAAAAGACAUGGCUUAGGGCUUUAAAGCACUGGCAAAACUUCCCACAGUCUCUGCCCUUAAGGAGCUCACAGUUUAUGAGGCUAGAAGAGGGAGAAAAUUUAAAAAAAAAAUGCAGUGGGUAGGAUAGUUUGUAGAUGUUGGUGCUCAGUUGGUGUGAUGGUAGCUCAUUGUCCUUGUUGCAUCUUUGUUGUGCCUGGAGUCUGCCCCAGCGCUUGUCUAGGCUGCUGGGUUUCCCCUGAGUUGGUUUUUCUUAGAAUACCGUCCUGGCCCAGCCACUUCAUUGGCCAGUGGAGAAAGUCUCCGAACUUAGGAAGGUUGGUGGACACCCCCAAACCACUGAAUCUAGUCUGUUUGUUUGGACCUGUUGAAAUCACCAUUUGUGAAGUGGGGAUGGCAUUUGUCUAGUAGUUGUGAGGGUGAACUUUGCCAGUAGUGGAUCUCGUGGAUGAUACCAGAUCAGUUGCUCUUACUUUAGAUUGUUUCCCCUGUAGUCUUGUUAUUGUGAGAGAGGUUCUAUCAUGAGAUUUCUUUUUUUGUCUCCCUUAACCUGGUAUAUCAGCUAAAUACAAAGUGGAGGGAAAACAGGUGUGCCCUUGUUCGUAUGGGAAAUAAUACAAUAAUAACUUGCUCUGCCCCACCCUGAAUAUGUGAGACUAGUCAGUGAGACUCGCAGUGGUAGAGCACAGCCUAGGAUGCCCCUGUCAGGUGGGGAAGAGCCCUACAGGUGGGAAGUGGGGGUUAGCUUCACUCACUUUAGCAUGUGGCUUAAGCCCGUGUCUUAGUGUGGCCUCUCAUACAUUUGCUGUCAUCUUCCCAGAAGUUAGUUGUGAUCAUUCAUUCACUUAUGUAUACAUUUAUGUAAAUAUUUCUUGAGUGCCCAUGUAAGAAAUAUUUGCAUAAUGUAAGGUGCUUUCUGUUGCCAGUCCCUGGUUGAAAAUAAUUUGUGGCUCCUCAAUGCCAGUUAAAGGGUAUUUACAUUUAGCAUGGCAUGUAGGGCCUUCACUUGUUGGGUGAAAUAAUGAUUACUUAUCUCUACUUCUUAAUAUGAAGCCCAUUGUCAAAGAAGACCUCUGUCAAGUUGGCAAGUGGAGGAAGGUAGGGACUUGGGGGUGGGCAGAGUGGUGGUGCAGGGGAGAGGGUUGAAAGGGCAUCCCCUUCCUGGGUAGUAGAAACUUCUUGUUCAGCAAAAUGUUCCUGAGCACUAUAUUCUAAACAGAUAGGGAUGGCGAGGAUGGAUGGCUGAGCUCUGCCAUCAGGCUAAAGGGUGGAGAGAAUGAGACUCAGGACUUCUUUGGGACCAGCCAGGAAGAGCAUUGAGGAAGGGACUUCAGUGGCAUGCCCACGUGGACCACAGAUGGUUAGUAUACUCACAGGACGUCUCAACCACCCCUCAGUUGUCCUCUUCAUCCUCAUUCCCCUUUGCCUGGGGCUUGCUUCUCGUACUGAGAAACUCCCUGAAUAGGCAAUAAAUUCCCUUAAUAGGUAAAGGGCCUACGUGCACAUAUCAGGAAUAGCCAGAAAAGAGGGUUGGGGACAGGCUUAAUCCCGAAUGAGGAUGAGAGAGAGGGACUGAGUGAGCGAUGGCAGCUUUGAAGAAAAAGAACAGCAGGCAGACGUCCUGGCACCUUUAGGAAGAGAGAAAGUAGUACAGACCUGAGGCCUCGGCUGGACAGGUGGUGUAGGUGGUGGUUGCUGUGAGGAACGAAUGAUACUAGGCUGGAGCUAUUCCCCAAAACGUGUGGGAACAGAAGGAGCCCUGCUCAGGGCAGCAGGUGAGGUAACAGAGAAGCUCCUACUCAGCCCUGCAACUUGAAGCUGGCUCAACUUGUCCAUGCUCCAGGCGACCCACAAAAACAGCCGUGGCACUCCAAUUCUGUGUGUGCCAACUACCCAAGACCUUCAGGGCCUGAGGACCUACACCAGGAUACUGGUAUCCUAACUAAGCCUGUUUCAGCCACUUCCAGGGUGGUGGAAUGGAAAAGAUAGGGCAGGUGAUGAUGGCUGUGAAAGAAAGGCUGAAGGCCUAUAUUCUAGAGCACAGAUGGCAAACAUGAGGCCCGUGGGCCGAAUCCGGCCCUCCACCUUGUUUUAUCCGGCCUGGCACCUUGUUUCUACCUGGAGGUAGCGCUGAGCUCUAGCUUAACUGUUAGGGAGUAGUUACACUUAUACAGUCCUAAAGUUACGUUCAGCCCUUUGAAGGCAACCACGAGGCUGAUAUGGCCCCUGGUGAAAAUGAAUUUGACAUCCCUGUUCUAGAGGCAUAAAGAAAGGUCUAUAGGCUGUGGUCCUUUGCUCCCAGAUGCUCUGCCCUGUCAGUGGACCCUUAGUGGAUUCAUCUAACACACGUGGCCCUCCACUGGAAGUGCAAGAAAGCACAGGUAGUGGCCUGCUGCGGGUGUGCACCCAGACCAGCCUCCCACCUGCUCAACCGGCUGGUCCUGCUCUAACUCCUAGGGUCGUAAUAUUUACCUCAGGCCUUUGUGAUUUGGAUCUAUUUUUCCUGGUCACCAGUAUCCCCUCAGAUAUGUACAGGGUAUCCUGUAACUGGAGCCAUAGGUAGCCUUCCUGUUGGGUAGGGACCCACAGAGGCCACUCUGAGCCAGAUUAAGUUGCUCAGUCGUCUUCAGUAGACUGAGUUUUCUGCACUGCAUUAUUCAGUAGACACCGGGUCAUCCUUCCCUGUGUUGCCACAGUGCGCAGUCAGAGCCUCUCUGGUCCUUACCACAGGCUGCCCUGUGUCACUGUCGCCUGUGUGCUGUGCCCUCUAGGCCUCUGCUGGGCAGUGAACUGUGUGAGGGCCAAGUCCGACUCCUCAUGUAUCCUUUCACAUCAGAUCACAAUGACUUUACAAAUAAAUGCUUUUUCUAUCCUACUUUGAAUUCCCUGAAGACAAGGACUCCGAGUCCUCCCUUUGUCCUCUGCACCCAGUGCAGGGCCUGGCUCAGGACAGAGCAGUGAAGUUAUGCUGACUUAAGGAGACCCUUGGCCUUCUGGAGCUAAUUGAGAAUGCCAGGGCGAGUUCCCUCUUGGGGAGGAGCACACGGCACCGUCUGUGGGUUCAUAGCACUCUGAACCUGCUGCACGCUCACCUUGAGUCUUCUCUGUGCUGACCUGCUUCCAGGUCAGGUGCCGUGUUUCCUGGGAGUGAGCUUUUCUCUGGCUUGAGUUUGGUCCUGCCAGGGUACGCCCGGGAUCACAGCCCAAGCCCAAAGCGAAGCUUUGAUUUGGGGUUCUCAGUUCACUGGAAUUCCCCCUGUCUAAUUGGAUUUUCUGUAACUGCCCCUCCUCCAGGACUCUGGGGGAGAUGCUGGUGCUUACUCAGCAUGUUCUGUGCAUGGCUUGGUUCUGUGACACCAGGUGCCACAAACACUGUCUUUACCUGUAAAGACUAAAACCUGCCAUGACUCUGAAACAAGGAAGUGAAUAAAGAGCAUAAAUUCUGGUGACGACUGGUUUUGUUGUAAAGGAAACUGAGUUCAUAGUCAUCACAAUACUUCUAUCUAGUUUGUACCCAACUUCUUCUAGAUUUGAGGCAGCUUUUUGCUUUUCAUAAGAACUUUUACUUUCAGAAAACAUUAAUAAUCCUUUGCAGAAAGAAGGAAGGAGCUC